AUGCACACAGACAAUCGCAAGGUGUAUGGCUGCGUGGUGAGCCGUCAGGACCACUACCAGCGCCGGGAGGAUGGACUUUUCGACGCCGACGAGUUCGACAGCCAUCCUGAGCGAUACAUCUCAACGUUCAGCACAAAGGCUUCACCAUACCAGUGCCUUAAGGAAGGAGUGACAGGGAAUGCUCGAUUCUGCUCGACGACACCCUCCGAGAGAAAGUCACUUUUUCCGAUACAGCCAUGCUUUUACAAGAUUGUUGACUUUUUUCAUUGUUGUUCAUUAUUCCCAUCACCUGAACGACCUCACUUUACGUAUCGCACCUUACGCCUCUGUCGUCAUCAAUGGCAUCUACUGGGCGCCAAACUCGCCUCGCCUCUUGACGAUUCCAGACGCCAAGCGUCUCCUGAGGGACACUCCGCAGCAACCAUGGGUCAAAAGCAGUCCAGGUGGUUCUUUGUAGCCCUUGAAAUUGUAACUGGAAUGCGGAAAGUCCAGGCCAAUCCGCGUUGGUGUGCAAUGUGUAAGGCAAAAUUAAAAUGA